AUUUUUGAAGCCUGUUGUGCCCAAUUGAAGGAAGCUAAUAGUGGAUUCCCCUCUUGCGUGACUCUUCUUCCUACUCUUCUGUUUGCUUCACUUCGAAGCUCUUGAGCUUCACGUAUCCUGACUGUUCCUUCUCCUCAUUCAUCGAGAUAAAACAGGAAUUGGACAAUCUCCGAGGAAAUGGAAGGAUCGGCUCUACCAUGCUUAAGGUGUCAGGGGCUCAGCUCUACCCCUUUGACAGAGGAUGCCUCUACCUUCUGCACUUCCCUCACCGAGGACCUCAAGGGGCUCGAGCUGUCGCUGGCGAAGGACUCCAUCUCCCUCAGGUGGUUCGUCGAAGCGAUGAGCGUCUUGAAGAGGAUGCAGGUGAGACUCCUUGCCCUGCUGAAGAAAUCUGAGUUGCCGAUCUCGUGCGAAGCCGAAGACUGGUUUGAUCAGUACAUGCAAGAGUCUGCGUCUCUAUUAGAUUUCUGCAACUCAAUGAAGUCUGCCCUUUCCGGGAUCAACCGGUCUCGCAUGGCUUUAGAGCUCGCAGUCCAUAAACUAAGCGAAGACAACGAGUUCGGAUUGGAAAGAUUACAGAAAGCUCAUGAGGAAAUUUUAGAUUUCAGUAUAGAGAAGGAAAGAUUAGGACUAGCUAAAGGUGGAAUUUUGCUCGGAGGAAAUGGAAGUGACGACAAGAACAUGGCAAUCGUGAUGUUUGCUGCUAAAACCACUGUGACAGUCUUGUCAUGGUUUAUGAUUUCAGCAAUGAUUUCUCCUGUUCCGGUUAAUGUGGAAGACAAGGAGCUGACUUCAUCGAUCCCUGAGCUGCAGCAGUGCAUGGAGAUGCUUACAGAGCUGACCGGAAGCUUUGACAAGCGGAUUUCGAGCCUCGGCAUCGGUCGGGAAGUUGCUCUGGUCGAGCAUGAGAUGGUGAACGAGGCAGUCGAGGAGUUACAGGCGGCGGAGAAGAACAGCCAUAGUUUCCUCAGUGGUCUGGAGAAGUUGAGAACAAGGUCAUUUGAGCUGAAGGAGGGGAUCGAGAGGCUCGGCACAGUAGUGGAUGAGGUGUUCGAGGAGGCCAUCAGAGGAAGGAAUGAGAUGCUUGACAUCUUCAGGAAUGCAACUCUUUGAUUCCUGGUGGAAACCAUGCAUUCUACUGCAAUGGAAGAGCUAGUUUUCAGUCUUCUUGUUCUAUGAUAAUGUAAACUACAGUGGAUCAGCACAGCCAUGUAUGUACAAAAAAUACAGCUUUUUUCCAUUUGUUUUGCAUUGUAAAAGGUAAUAUUAGCAUUUUAAAGGUUCUCACAUACAUCUCUUCAUGUGUAUUCAUUUUUAUUUUUAAUAACAUGAUGAAAAUUAUGAAUC